GGCCAGUAUCAGAAGGAAUUGACAGAAGAUUCCGCCACAUGUCGUCAAAGUGGGAAGCAUACCUUUAAGGAAGGAAGCAUCGAAAAGACAAUGAGAAUUCCCACCGAAGAGAAGCCAUUCAUCUGCCCCGAGUGUGGGAAGUGUUUUUCCGCCAAACAAAAGCUGGAGACCCAUAUUAGAAUCCACACCGGAGAAAAGCCCUUCAGCUGCCCUCAAUGCGGAAAAGGUUUCACGCAGCAGGGUCAGAUUAAAACACACAUGCGAAUUCACACCGGAGAGAAACCCUUCACAUGCCCUCAAUGCGACAAGAGCGUUACGUCAAAACAAAGCCUCAAAAGUCACAUGAGGAUUCACACAGGAGAGAAACCGUUCACCUGUCCUGAGUGCGGCAUGAUCUUCUCCCAACUAGGAUAUCUUAAACGUCACGUAAGAACUCACACCGGCUUGAAACCUUUCAGCUGCACCCAAUGUGGAAAACGCUACAAAGUGAAGCAAAGCCUUGAGAGCCACAUGAGAGUUCACACCGGAGAGAAGCCUUUCGCGUGUCCUCAGUGCGGAAAGGGUUUCACGGCAAAACAGUGUCUUAAAAGUCACAUGAGCGUUCACAUCGAAGAGAAGCCUUUUAACUGCUCGCUGUGUGAAAUGAGCUUCACCCACCAGCAAAGUCUGAAGCGCCACAUGUUGAUUCACGUCGGAGAAAAGCCCUACGUUUGCCGUCAGUGCGGAAAGAGUUUCUCGGUGAAACAAAGCCUUGAGAGUCACAUCAGGAUCCACACCGGAGAGAAACCGUUUGCGUGCGCCGAGUGUGGAAAGGGUUUCGCCGUCAAACAAAACCUUGAGAGUCACAUGAGAGUUCACACCGGAGUGAAGCCUUUUUCCUGUCCUCAGUGUGGAAAGAGAUUCACGGUGAAGCAAAGCCUCGAGAGUCACAUGACUAUUCACACCGGAGAACGGCCUUUUACGUGUUCAAUGUGUGACAAGACUUUCACGGUGAAACAUAAGCUUGAAUACCACAUGAGAAAUCACACCGGAGAGAAGCCUUACAUCUGCCCUCAGUGUGGAAACAGUUACGCCUUGAGGAACCACCUCGAAAGACAUGUACGAAUUCACACCGGAGAAAAACCGUUCUCCUGUUCUAAGUGCGCAAAGAGAUUCACCAUGAAGCAAAGCCUUAAAAGUCACAUGAGAGUUCACAACAGAACUAAACCGUACAUCUGCUCUCAAUGCGGAAAGAGGUUCACGGUGAAGCAAAGCCUUGAGAGUCACAUGAGCCUUCACACCGGAGAGAAACCUUUCACCUGCACUGAAUGUGGAAAGAGUUAUACGUUAAGACAAAGCUUAGAGACGCACAUGAGGGUUCACACUGGUGACAAGUGUUUCAGCUGCUCUGAUUGUGGACGGAGUUUCACAGUGAAGCAAAACCUUCAUGUCCACAUGCGAGUUCACACCGGAGAGAGGCCUUAUACUUGCGCGCAGUGCGGAAAGAGAUUCACGCAACACGGACAACUGAACCGUCACAUGAGAAUUCACACUGAGCAGAAGACGACUAGGGACCGUUCUGAAGAAACUCUAAAUGAUGAGACUGCAGACAAUUCUUCAGACAUACAACAUCAGUCAGAGGAGAAAGAUGUAGUCACUGUGUUAAUAUAAUUUAAAGGCCAUAAAUGAUAUAUUGUUGACGACAAAAUUAUUAGCGAAAUUUUUUCAAGUGCUGUUUACGCUUUAACACAUUUUUAAACAUAAUAGUUUAAUAGCUAAUUUCUAAGGGUGUGAUGAGACGCUUACUCCACGAGAUAAGACACGAGAUUGGGUUCACGAGAACGACACGACAAGAUUUUUACUCUAUUUUUAGGAAAUUGUCUUUUAUUCAA